AUGGCUAACCAAAAGGAUCAGGCCUCUACCAACUACAAGGAAGCUUUCUCCCUUUUCGACCGCCGCGGGACUGGCCGUGUGUCCGGCGACCUCCUCGGCGACCUGCUGCGCGCCUGUGGUCAGAACCCCACGCUGGCUGAGAUCUCCGAUCUCGAGAAGACGGUCGGUGGUGACUUCGACUUCGAUGCCUUCCUCAAGGUCCUGAAUCGCCCCGGUGGUUUCCGUGAUCCCGGCGAGCCUGAAGAGUAUUGUCGUGGAUUCCAGGUGUUCGAUAAGGAUAUGACGGGCUUCAUUGGUGUGGGACAGUUGCGAUACAUCCUCACCAACCUCGGCGAACGCAUGACCGACGAGGAAGUCGACGAGCUCCUCAAGGCGGUGGAUACGAGCUCUGGCGAGAUUAACUAUACCGAUCUCGUGCGCACCAUCCUGGCCAACUGA